AUGAUGGACUCAAGUUCUAACUGGUUGCAGAGUAGGAAAAAGACCUGCAAAGUUUUGCUGAGGCAUCAAGAUCCAAUCACAUCAUGUAACUUGCUGAGAUCUUUUCUAAUUCUGUGGAAGCAACUGGAAAUACUAAAGGCAGAAUGGGGUCGACUCAAAUUGAGGACUGAGGAUAUCAAUACAGUUCCUCUCUACAAAGAGUUUUGUGAGCAAUACGGCACUGACGUCCUCUACCCCGCCAUGAAGGCCUUGGCCAGGCUGAAGGGCACAGAGGAGGAGCCGGGAGGGCCCGUGACGAGCACUCGGCACACACUGCCGCCCCGAGGAGCGUCAGAAAUCGAAAUGAAGGGGUACCAGCUACGAAAGCUUCUGGAAAGCCUAGAAAUCCACAUGAUCCGUGAUGUGCAGAAGAAAAUUAACCAGGAGAUGACUCUAGUGACAGCUGAAAGAGCCAGGCCAGGGAGCAGUCUCCCUACGGAGCUUUGGAAACAUGGGGUAAUGCAAGAAAAUUUCUCAGCUGUACGACCACAGAUAGUUGAAACAUUUGUUCAGAAGCUAAUGGAAAACUGCCAGGAAUCAGAGGCAGAGGUCACUUUUACAAAAAGCCACCUCCAGCAGUGUCUCACUGCACUGGGCUGUGACAUCAUGGCCAGAGAGCGCAGCAACUUUGAAACCUGCUCCAUGUUUUAUGAAAAUAUUCUCCAGCAGGAACAUCGUCUCCUUUACCAGAAAGAACAAGUAUUCUCAGAGAGAGCUGGCAUGUGUGGGGAGAAUUUUCCAAAUAAGCACACCAAGCCAAAAAGUCAGAAAUGCCAUCUUGUGGUACCAUGUGAUAGCCAUAUUGCUGGGCUGAGUCACGAAAUGAUUAUGGAAAUCACUGCUCUCCGAGCCCAACUCACUGACUUAGAAGAAGAAAAUCUUCAUCUCAAAGAGAAGAUAAGACAAGAAGUACGAGAGGAAUAUGAAUCAUUAGUGCGGAGCCUAUUUGUAACUUGUAUCCAUCUAAAAGGAAGGCUGGAUGACUAUCGCCUUAGCAUUGACCAACAGGUGUUUGAAAUCAUCAGUGAAGUGAGAAGAGAAGGAGUUGACAAUAUAAUUGAUCUGAAGAAAAAGUUUGGUUCCACUAAAAAUAAUGACAACUUGAAAGAACAUUUGUCUAAAGUAAGGAAAUAUGUAUCUGUGUUAGUAAGUGAGCACAAGGCUGAUAUCAUGGCCUACUUUCUGCACAGUGGAACUGUUGUCCUUUGCCAUAAGGACAGUUUGCAGGAGCCAGUCUGCUAUUUUGGAAAAAGAGGGAAAAUAAAACUCCAUCACUGUAGUACCUACCAUAAAUCCACUAAUUUUGUUCUUACUAAGGACAUUCAGGAACAGCUGCAGUCCUUGCGGGAUGAGAAUAUCAGGCUAGGCAAGCUGGUGUGCAAGCUGAAGGCGCUGAGCUGUUGGAAACAAGCCGCUCAGAAGGCACAACUCUCCGCAAAGCUUAGAGAUGCUGAGAAGGAAGCCCUCCGAAGCGGGCGAGAGGGGCUGCAGGCGAAGGCGACGGCGCAACGCGAGGUGGCUUUGCUGCAGACCCAGCUGGCGGCCGCGAGGGAAGCGCUGGCAAGGUCCCAAGCAGGCAACGGCAAGCUCAAGAAGCAGCUAGAGGAGCAGAAACAAAUGCUGUUGGAAGUAGAACAUAGGAAGACACAAGAAGCCAGAAGCAGGCAAAUACUCAGUGCGGUGAAAGCUGAAAACAUGGAGAAGAUGCUUGAAGAGAUGGAAGAAAAAGAGCAGAGACUGAAGCACCUGAUCAAGGAAACUGAAAAAUCUUCUAAAAUAGGCCAACUUCAGCAAAAAAGGGUCAAAAAAGAAAUGCAGCAGAUCAGAAGCCAGUUAACCCAAGAACGCAGUUUAAAACUGGAGGCUUUCCAGCGGGUUGAUGAACUGCAGCGACAGGUUUAUACCCUGGAAGCUGCAGUUUCCCAGAGGAACAUGACUGCAGGCAGAAGGAAGACUGUAGAGCUGCUGUCCCGUAGUACAAGCAGUUUAAGAAGUCCUUUUCCAGGUUUGGCAGCUCAGGUCCAGAGCAGCAGGCAUUCAGCAACCACUCACCUCAGGGAUAGCCAUCAGCAUCCUUUGAAACCUCAUGCAGGAAACAGGACUGUAACAGGAGGAAGCACACAAAGACCGAAGACAGUAAGCAACGAUUCAGCACUGCUAUGCUUUAAAUGGAUGAGAACAGUGACUGAUAACUAUCCAAGGUCAGCUGUCACUAACACAGCCAUCAAGUGUGAUUCUAGCACAUUCCAGCAACCUGACCCUGAUUUGGAAGUAGAAGAAUAUUCUCACUAUACUGCCAUGACUACUAUUUGCAUCAAUGCUGUCAUUUUGUUGUACUGGGUGCCAAAUUCAAGUCAAGUCAGAGCUGCAAAGACAGUGCUACAAAUUUUCCUGGAAUUGAAGAUCAAGGGAUAUCAGUCACAUCAAAAGGUUCCCAAGUCAAUCUACAUAGGAUAUGAUGUACCUUUGCUGACACUUGGAUAG